AGACUAUGUCCGACGAACCAAGAGAGCAUGUACCAAACAUCGACCCAAAGAUCAAAGCAUAUAUCGAUAAUGUAUGCCAGGCAACUGUCACAUUGUUGUUCGGAAAAAUGGAAGAGAUUAUGAACCGGCAAGCAGAAAACCAGAAGCAAUGGAAUGAACAGAUACAAAGAUCGAUAAAAGACCGCUUCAAAGAACGAAAUGAACAAGCAACCCCUGCAACUAUAUGCUCACAAUUGGAAACAAGAAAUGAGUUGGCGCAAGGUAAUUAUCCAGCAACACCAGUUCUUAAUGAUAUGAUUAUCGAUUCAGCUGUCAAUAAAACGUGA